GACCCGCCAGGGGGAGGAGCCGCUACCCGCGUCCUGCUGUCGGGGCUCCCUCCCGUCGCGGCUCCGCUAUAAAACCUGGGUCGGCAGGACCGCGGACCCCCGGCGGCCUCUUCAGCGCGCGGUCCCCGGCUCGGCGGCGUCGCCACUCCUGCGCAGGAUGCGGCUGCUGCCGGCGCUCCUGGUCCUCGCCGCCGCCCGGCCCUGGGCCCACGCAGGGUCACACUGGUGCUACCAGAAUCAAGUCAAACCCUCCAACUACACCUGCUUGGGGCCGGACCAGUGGGGCGAUAGCUGCCAGAAUGACCGCCAGUCCCCCAUCAACAUCGCCACUGCCAAGACACUGCUGGACCCAAACCUGGGACCCUUCUCCUUCUCCGGCUAUGACAAGAAGCAAAAGUGGGCCGUGCAAAACAAUGGCCACUCAGUGAUGGUGUUGCUGGGGGCCGAGGCCUCGAUUGCUGGAGGAGGACUGGCCGCCCGGUACCGGGCCAAGCAGCUGCACCUGCACUGGUCCAAGGUGCUGGACUGGGGCUCGGAGCACAGCUUCGACGGGGAUCGCUUUGCCAUGGAGAUGCACGUGGUACAUGAGAAAGAAAAGGGGACAUCAAGGAACACGAACCAGAACCAGGACCCCAAAGAUGAGAUCGCGGUGCUGGCCUUCAUGGUGGAGGCCGGAUCCGAGAAUGUUAACUUCCAGCCCCUGGUGCAGGCGCUGUCUGACAUCCCCAAUCCCAAUAUGAACACCAUGCUGAAAGACAACAUCAGCCUCUUCGACCUGCUCCCCAAGAAGGAGAAACUGAGGCACUACUUCCGCUACCCGGGCUCGCUCACCACACCAGGCUGCGAUGAGAAGGUGGUCUGGACCGUGUUCCAGGAGCCCAUUCAGCUCCACAAGGACCAGAUCCUGGCAUUCUCUCAGAAGCUGUAUUAUGACAACGAGAAGAAACUGAAAAUGACAGACAAUGUCAGGCCCCUGCAGCCCCGGGGGCAGCGCCAGGUUCUCAGGUCCCAGGCCCCGGGACGGCUGCUGCCCUUGCCGCUGCCCGCCCUGCUGGCCCCCGUGCUCACCUGCCUGACAGCAGGCUUCCUCCGAUGACGACUCAUGUUUGGACACCUGACCUCUGGUCUCAGCCCUUAAGAGGGCUUGAGCCUCUGUUCCUCAGGCUUCCCGGGUUGGACUUUGGUGAUGAUUAAAACAGGGACAUGUUUUUUGGGAAACCUCUCUUACGUCUGUUUUUAGUUCCCACAACUACUGCUGCCCUGCUCCCCUCAACCCACCCCAGCAUGCCAGGGUGGGGCCUUAGGGCCUGGAGAUUUCUUCUGAGCCGGCACCCCUCCCACCUUUGUGAAUUCCCCGUUGACACCCCAAUUGGAGAGAUGCCGAAGGGACCUCAGAGCUCCAACACAGCCACAGCUGGAGAAGUUCCAAUCCAGCCUUUCAUUAUAUAAUGGGGGAAGCUGAGGCCCAGAAAGGAAAGGAGGCUGGGUGGAGGCCACAGAGUGAGGCCACGGCAGAGCCAGCUGAGAGCCGGCCAGCACCUUCCGCCCUGUACUAGUGGUGGAGAGUGCGGGUCCUGUGUGGGUACAGCCUAGGUGGGGUGGGUAGUGGGGUUCAUUUAUUUGCCCCAGUGUUUCUUGAGCAUCUAUGUUCUAGGCACUGGGGCUGUGGCGGGGAAUGAGACAGACAAAAUGCCUGUCCUCCUGGAGUUCACAGUCUAGCAGGAGACACUAUAAAUAAAGAGACACAUUGU